UUGGAGAUUGAGGAAGUUAAAGAGAGCUGGAGACGUGCACAUCAAUACCCGAUAAACAUGAAGACGGUGGCCUUUCUUUGUUUUAGUUUCUUAUAUUUUAGGUACACACUCUGUAGCUGCCCCAGUAACGAUUUGGAAAUUACAUCUGUGGAAGAUGUUUAUGAAUUUCUCUGGGAGAACAACAGUGUCAUUGCCUUUGAGACACUCCGAGUAGACUUCCUACAACAAAUGCAGAGUGGCAGUCUCCAGGCAGAGCGAUACAUAAGCUUCACCAUGCAAGACAUCAACUACAUACUGACUGUGACGAAAAUGUUGAAGGAAAUGAGUGAAAAAGAAAUCCAGCCGGAUGACCUCAGGGACUUCAUAAAAGGCAGAUACUUAAGUUAUAAAAAAUAUACUGACUUAAUGCUUGAAAGAUUUUCUUUUAAGGAUGCGCCUGCCAUUCAGCAAACUCCAGCUAUGACGAAGUAUCUGUCGUUCUACAGAGAACUAAUGGAAGAUCCACUGGACUUUGCUGUGGGUCUUCUGCCUUGCGCCAGACUUUGGGUCUGGCUGGGUAAAAAUCUCAAAACACCUCAAAAUAAUGCAUACUACAAUUGGAAGGUGGAGAAUAUGGACGGCCACCCUGAGAAGCACUACAAAGCUCUGCUGGACAAGCAUCUGGACACAUAUGAAAAAGUGGAGAAGGCCAAUAAUAUAUUCCGUGAACAGAUGCGAAAUGAGCAUGAUUUCUUUUACUCAUCUUGAGUGGUUGAUGGCUGGUAAGUAGUUCUGAAGUUUUUCUACCAGUA